AGAGACCUGCAAGCCUCUGCCUCAGUUGGUGAACUUUCCCAGCAGCUGGACAUCGAGCCUAAAACAGGCAUGCAGCUAGAGGCCCAAAACCAGACUUUGCAAGAAGAGCUGCCCACUCUGCAUGGGAUAUAUGAAAAACUGGGGAAGAGCAAAUGCCAGUUGCAAGAAGAAGUGACAGAAGUCCAGCAUGAUUUGGAGACUUUCGUGCUGGAUGGCAGCCAAACAGCACAAUGUAAAAGAGAACUGGAAGAACAAGCUGACCAGGAAACAAGUCAAAAGCUACAAGACGUCAGUCUCGUUCUGCAAGCACAGGCAGCCUACCAGCCUCGAUUAGGACAAAACGGAGACAGUCAUUGUGAUCCAGUGAGAAUCCAGUUAGAAGAAAGAAUUAGAGAACUCGAAAGUGAAUUGGACAGGGUAAAAAAAACCCAACAAGAGAGUGCUUCUCAUAAAGAAGCAACGCGGGGAGAAAUAGAAAUGUACAAAGACCUGUAUCUGGAGGAACUGAAAACUAGAAGAUGCCUAGACAAGAAAGUGGAAAGGUUGGAAAAGCUUCUGAGGGUAGAUAGGAGGAAACUCAGGGCUAAUGAAGAGAAAGAAACCCAGUCCCAGCUGGAAGAAAUGAAGAACAGAUAUUCUGAAAAGGUCAAGGAAGUGGAUAGAUUACGAACAGAGGUUGCUGAACUUUCCCAGCAGCUGGACAGGGAAAGUAAAAAGUGCACGCAGCUGGAAGCCAAAAAUCAGGAUUUGCAAGAAGAGCUGUCUACCCUGUGUGGGAAGUGCGAAAAACUGGAGAUGGACAAAUGCCAGCUGCAAGAAGAGCUGGCAAAAGUCCAGCACCAUUUGGAGACUAACAUGGUGGAUCGCACCCAACUAGAACAAUAUAAAAGAGAGGUGGAAGAACAAGCAGACCACGAAAUAAGACAAAAACUCCAAGAAGUCAAUGAGUUUUUGCAAGCACAGGCAGCCUACCAGGACAGAUUAGAAGAAAUCAGAACCAGUCAUUUAGACUCACUGAAAAAACAGCUAGAAGACAGAAUUAGAGAUCUUGAACGUGCACAGCAAAGGACAAAAAGCAACCAACCGGAAAGACCUUUUCAAAAAGAAUCCACCCAGGCUGAAGUGGAAAAGUACAAAGAGCUCUAUCUGGUGGAAGCAAAAACCAGAAAAAGCCUAGCCAAGAAACUGGAAAGAGCUGAUGAGAGACUUGCAGAGGCCAACAUCAAGCUCCUCUUGGAGCGCCAUAGAAGCAAAUCUGCAGUCACAAGCAGUGCUGUCAGCGUACAUCUGGCUGCAAGUCCACUUCUGCAUUCAGCUGGCCUGGGAUAUCUUGGCAACAGUUUGGGACUGAACAGAAGUCUGGGUCUCAGAACACCACCCAGACAUCUGUGGUAAAGCCGAAGAUUUUAGGUCAUCUAUAGCAAUUUGAAACUCGGAUAUCAGCACAAAAGGAUUAUGUAGCAGGCCAUGGACAACAGGGGCUGAAAGAAAUCCCACCACCAGAGGAUCGGAUGCUUCUUCACAAGACCUACUGAUAUUUAACUAUGUUGAUUGGCCUGGUUCCUGCAGCAAGAUAUGGAAAGACUUUGUGAUGAUGAUAUCAGACUACAUAGAAACCCCUUUGUUCUCUUCCCCACAUGUAAUCCUUGUUACAGGAAAUAUUAACCAAUUGUGUGACUGUAGCAGAAAAUUGUGUAAUCCUCUAGUUAGCAUAAUCCAUCCCCAACUUAGCAUAAUCCAUCCUCCUCAUAAACAUGUCCUGCCCCCAAGACCCUUAAAUUGUGAGAUGCGUGUUUAAUAAAGAUUCCAGUUUUCACCCCCAAA